AUGAGUGGUAUUUUUGAUAGAAUGAUCUCAUAUUUAAACAGUGGACCAAACCAAUAUGCAUCAGGUUCAAGAUCCAAUGCUUACUCUGAUCGAAACAUGAUCUAUGGCAGAGAUGUUACUAACUCAUCGGCAACUGCUCAUCCUAACCGCAAGAGCAGAAGAUUGAGCACUAUUUCAAUUGAAUCUGGAGAUUCAAUGGACAUGCCCCACAAAGACGAAGAGGCUGGAAUUUUUGAUGACAAAAUGAAAAUGAAAAAGAACAUGGACAUGAAGAAGAUGGAAAGAGAUAAUAACAAUACAUCAGACUUUAUUGAUGCACAUGAAGGUAUCUUUGCCAACUUUAGCAAUUAA